UUGUUAGGCUAUUUCAGAGGAUGAUCAAUAAUCAUUCACAAUGUUUUUUGGCCUGGACUCACAUGUAGCCCAAUAGCGGGAUUCAGAUACAGAAUGGAAACAGACCCUUUGAUCCAACUCAUCUAUGCCGACCAAGUUUCUCAAAGUAAACUAGUCCCACUUGCCUGUGUUUUGCCCAUAUCACUUGGUAGGAAGGCUACAGAAGGAUACAGACAAGUUGAGUGGGCAGAAUCUUGGAAGAUGUUGUGUAUAUGAUUAUAAAUACUGCAAAUGUUUUCAUUGGAAGAGAGUGUUAAACUGGGUCCCUUGAUUAUCUGUCCAACGACAAAACUAUUGCCACUGCCUGUCUCUCUUGGACAUGUUUACGGCAGGUGUAAAUGGCAAAAUUCCGAAUAGCUACAUUCCGAAAGCAAGUCGAGGAAAUGAGGGAAAAACGAAGAAAAGUAAGACAUAAACCAGUUAAUAAACACAAUAAAAAUGGGAGUGGAGGAUGCAAUCUAAACUUGGUGAAUGCAGUGUUGAGUCCGUGGGUCUGUGAAUUCAAUGUUCUGACAAUGCAACUGAGCCUAGAUGGAAAGGGCAGAAUGGGAGCAAGGUGGAACGUUGAAAUAAGUGACAGGUAGCUCAGGGUCCCACUUACAGACUGAACAGAAGAGUUAUCCAGUGAAGCAAUUACCCAGUCUGCAUUAAUAAGACCAUAAAAAUUAGGAGCAGUGGUAGGCCAUUUGGCUUAUCAAGUCUGAUCCAAUAUUCGAUAGCAUUAGCUGUUCUGAUCAUUCUCAACCUCACUUUGCUGCCUUAUCCCUAUAACUCUUGAUUCCCUUACCGAUUAAAAAUCUGUAUCUCAAUUUUGGUCCCUCCAAUCUAGAGACUACAUGAGCAAUGGAUACAGUAUACACUUGGAAGGUGUGUUUGGAGUCUCUUCAGGGAGUGGGUGAACAAGCAGGUAUUUGCAUAGAAAGGUGUCGUAGGAAAGGGUGUGUUAAGGGUGUCCAGCAAUAAAAAUGGUGUCCGAGAGGCAGAGUCUGCAGAGAAUUUCUUCAUUUCUCUUCCCUGAAGUUCUAGUAUUUUAUAUCUAAUAAGUAAUGCUGCAGGAAUCAUGUUGUGCCUACUUUCAGAGCUGUUUGAGUUUUUUUGGAAUGAAAGCAAGGGAAACAGCUGGCUAGUCCCCGGUUGAAUGAGAGAGGGUUCAGAAAUGAUGUAGAACAGCUGUGAUCAGUGAGGCCUGUCACCCUUGGAGGCCCCAUUAAAGGGCAGCACUCGCACUUCAACCAUGUUUUCUUGAGAGGAUUCACUGAAAUGAUCCUUAGAGGGAGUCAGAUAUCAGUGCUCCUAACAUCUAGCAGAGGUUGUGCGGAAACCUCCAACGUCUGACUGGGUGAGAGGAUAUUCUGGGCUGGCAGGUUCUGUUUCAAGUCCAGAUCAGCGGUGGGUUUGGCAGCCAAGUGGCGUCGAAUAGGGUCCAACAAUGGGUAGAGUCCAAUGUUGAUGGAGUUGCACUGACCCAGCCGCUGUUGGUGGAGGUGGAAGAGGAGCAAAGCUGGAAAAGUGUGCGUGUGUGCGGGUGUGUGCAAGGGGGGGGGAUAGAGAGACAUGCUGCGGCGGACCAACGUCAUCGUCUGGGGUGUGCUGCUGUUCGUCGGCUGGAACCUGCUGCUGCUGUUCUUCCUGCUGGGCCGGCCGCCGUCUGGAGGAGCUGCUGCAGGAGGAGGAGGAGGAGGUGGUGGUGCUGCUGCUGCAGGAGGAGGCGGCGGAAGGGAGGACACCGACCCGGAGCAGCUGACCCGCGACGUGGUGCGGGUGGCCGAGGAGGUGGAGGCCGAGCUGGAGAACCAGAAGCGGCUGCUGCAGCAGAUCCAGCGGCACCGCCAGGGGCUCUGGCGGCUCAAAGCUGACGGCGCAGGCGCCGCCCCGCCUCCUUCUCCUCCUCCUCCCCCUCCCUCCUCCGUCGUCAUCCCGGAAGCGCAGGAGGUGCUGCCGGUGCUGGUGAUUGGCUGCGACCGGCCCAGCAUCCGGCGGUGCCUGGACAAGCUGCUGCAGUACCGCCCCUCCAAGGAGCUCUACCCGGUGCUGGUGAGCCAGGACUGCGGCCACGAGGAGACGUCGCGCGUCAUCGCGUCGUACGGCGACCAGCUGGUGCACCUGCGGCAGCCGGACCUGUCCGAGCCGCGCGUGCCGCCCGAGCACCGCAAGUUCCGCGGCUACUACAAGAUCUCGCGGCACUACCGCUGGGCGCUCAACCAGGUGUUCCGCGCGCUGCGCUACCGCGCCGCCGUGGUGCUCGAGGACGACCUGGAGGUGGCGCCCGACUUCUUCGAGUACUUCCGCGCGCUGCUGCCGCUGCUGCGCCGCGACCCGAGCCUGUGGUGCGCGUCCGCGUGGCACGACAACGGCAAGGAGCAGAUGGUGGAGGCGGCGCGCGCCGACGCGCUGCACCGCACCGACUUCUUCCCGGGCCUCGGCUGGAUGCUGCUGAGCGACACCUGGGAGGAGCUCGAGCCGCGCUGGCCCGCCGCCUUCUGGGACGACUGGAUGCGCGGGCCGGCGCAGCGGCGCGGCCGCGCGUGCGUGCGGCCCGAGGUCUCGCGCACGGUGACCUUCGGGCGGCGCGGGGUCAGCAACGGCCAGUUCUUCGACCAGCACCUGCGCUUCAUCAAGCUGAGCGAGCGCUUCGUGCCGUUCGCCCGCCUCGACCUGUCCUACCUCGCGCGGGAGGCGUACGACCCGGCGUUCGCGCGGCGGGUGUACGGCGCGCCCGCCGUGCGCCUCGAGGAGCUGCAGCGCGGCGAGCGGCCCGAGCUGCGGCGGGUGCGCGUGCAGUACACCUCCCGCGACACCUUCAAGGCCUUCGCCAAGGCGCUCGGCGUCAUGGACGACCUCAAGUCGGGCGUGCCGCGCGCCGGCUACCGCGGCGUCGUCAGCGUCAUGUACCGCGGCCGCCGCGUCUACCUGGCGCCGCCCGAGGACUGGAGCGGCUACGACCCCACGUGGAGCUAGCGGCACCGCCCCCAGCCCCGCCCCGCCCCCAGCCCC